AGUUUCAUUUUAUGAAAAACAAAAUCGUCAUCAAGAAGCAUUAAAAUUAAUUACAAGUACUGAAGCAUUAGCAUCACGUGAAAAUAUUUUAAAUUAUCUAUCAAAACUUGAUAAUGAUCAAUUACAAUUGAUUUUUCAAUAUAUUCAACCAAUGAUACAAUCAGCUUUACAUGAACCAGAUAAUGAAAAUAUACUUCAUGAAAUAUUAACAUUAUUUAUUGGUGAAUCAGCACCAACAUCACCUUCGACAACUGAUAUAUCUCAAACACGAACCAUUAAACUUGAACCUAUGGAAGUUUAUAAAUUUUUAAAUGGAAUUGAUCAAGAUUUUGCUAUACGAUAUAUGGAACAUAUUUGUUUAAAACCAGAAGUUGCCUCUAAAAAGCGUGAUAUACAUAAUCGUCUUGUUUAUGCAUAUUCUGAACGUAUUAAACAAUUAUCUGAUAAAUUGGAACCAAUGAUUAAAGCAAAUCAACAAGAAAUUUAUACGGAUGAUAAUGUUCGUACAACUCGAACGUUAUCUGUUAAUACGGAAAAAUAUUCUGCAAUAUCAAUAAUAAAAAAACAAAAAACUGAAUAUGAGGAAAAAUUAAAAUUAUUUUUACUUAAUCGAAAUUGUCAAUGUGAUUUUGAAGUAUUAGAAGCUUAUUUUCCACGACAACAAACGAAUCCAUCAGAUGAACAUUUAUUUAGUUUAUAUUAUGCUAUUGUGCUAGGUAAAUUAGGACGACAUCAAUUAGCCCUUGAAACAUUUGUUAAACAUGGAUUUUAUACUGAUGCUGAACGUUAUUGUGAAACUAUUUAUGCUAAUGGUGAUAUUGAAUUAGCUCGUGAACUUUAUCGUCAAUUAAUUGAACAUUAUUUAGAGAAAAGUAAUGAUGGAAAUUUAAAUGAAAAUAGUUUAAAAACAAUAUUACGUAUUCUUAAUAAUGCAUCUGAACGUCUUGAUCCUGUUGAAGCAUUAAAAAUUUUACCAGGACAAUUAAAAUUAAAUAGUAUGAAAGAUUUCAUCCAACAAUCAAUACAAACAUGUUCAAUGAAGAAACGUAGUUCACAAAUUGAACGAAGUUUACUUUUUAUAAAAUUACUUCGUACACAAUCAAAACGUAUAGGAAGUGAAAAUCAAUCAUUUCUUAUUGAUUCUGAUACUCAAUGUGCUAGAACAACUUGUACACAACCAAUAACAGCAACACAAGCUGUUCUAAGAUUUCCAAAUCAUAAAAUAGUUCAUUAUCAUUGUAAAACAAAAUAUGAAAAAGAACUUGAAGACCGACAUAAGAAACAUUAUUAA